CCCAUGAAAACAAAAAUAAAUGGCCACCGUUCUUGUUACGUUCUUCCUAAUCAUAAGAUUUUAUGUUUGUAAAAUGGACGCCGAUAGUUUGGAAACACUUAGGGAAGGAAACUCGCAUCAGCGGGUAAAACGGUGGAGUAUGAACUCUCAAAGAUUGGAAGAAAUCGUGGCGGAGUUGAUGAAACCUAUUAGUGAUGUUCGACGAAGUUUCGAUACAGACCUUUGUGCGCUUUUAGAAGAGUACCUAACAGAGGCGGGUCUUCGUGCGCUAGAGGCGAGCGAAGGUGACAGUUCCGGUGAAGAAAUUGAUGUGGUUCCCAACUUUGCGGAGUUGGCCUUAGUUCUGCAGCACUCUGCAAGUGUAUAUGGACGGAAAGUGGACUACCUUUACCAACAUGUUCUACGAGUUAGUGACUCCUUACAUAAUAGUGUUGGGGAAUCAGCCAGCUCUGGUGAGGAACAACCACAAACACCAAAUACAAAUCGUCGCAAGCGGAAAGCAUCAACAAACAAUGACUUUACAACCAUAGAGCUGGAGGAAUGUCCCGGCUGCAAGCGAGAGCUGGAUGUUUCCCGGCCUCCGCCGACAUUACCUCGGCUGUACCUGCAGCUGGAGCCCCGCGCUCCCACUGCAUAUGACGCACAACUCAUGGAUUACGAUGGGGAACCUAUUGGCAUGCUUGCUGAUCUACAUGUCACUUGGAGAUUACAGAAUGGUUUCCUCGUAGAUGAUCUAGCAGAACCGCCCAUAGACAAUGAAUCUAUAGGUGCUACACAACGGCCAUUAUCUCUGACAGAACUACAGACAGAGUUCGACAAUGGUGCUCCACCAGAUUCACCCCCACGUUGUUCAACACCCUUGCCCAUCACCAACGGAGAUAUUAAGAAUGAGCAUGAUGAGGAACCAAGACCUAUGGAAAUGUUGGACCUGUCACCGAUAUUGGAUGAACCAGCAAAGAAAAAACUAAAGAGGAAAAGGACUAUGUCACUUGAUGAUGUAGUCAGCAUUUCUGUCACAUUGGUUAUUAGUGAUGAACAAAAACGCAGAAAUCGUGAAGAGCAUGAGUUCAGUUUACCGGACAAGUGGAUAACAAGAGUUAUUGAUAAACGGAAAAAACGAGCUCUUAUCGUCCGUAAAGAAUUAUUAGCACAUGAACCUAGACCGCCUAAUUUAGGUAUGUAA